AAUCUCCGAUGGUCUCUCCAGCGAUCAGCUGAAGCCUCAUGCAAUCCUCGCCUCUCCCGGGUUGCCUUGCAACAGAGUUGCAGUCUGGGAUCCGGCGGCGGUGACAAUGUUGCUGAAUUGGUAGCCAGGAUCCUGCAGCCCGGAGCUGUACGAAGUCUAAACUUUAAACAAUCGCUUUCCAGAAGAGGAAGAGAAAAUUGCACUACUUAGAAGCAUACACAUAUUAUAUGCAUAAAUAUAUAUAUAAAUAUAUACACAUCCUUCCCUCCUCCCCCAUGAGUGGAUUUUUUCUUGUUAUCUGACUAGAGAUCCUAGAGGAGAUCUGGGGACUUCUUGCUUUUCAUAAUUAAAAGAAAGAGAGAAGAAAAAAGCAGCCAGGAACCAUUUCAUCCGCUGCUUGGUCGCUGCCUCCUUUUGCAAGAUGAAGAAGUUUUUUGACUCCCGCCGGGAGCAAGGAGGCUCUGGCCCGGGGUCUGGCUCCAGCGGAGGAGGGGGGAGCACCUCGGGCCCGGGGAGUGGGUACAUCGGCCGCGUCUUCGGCAUUGGGAGACAUCAGGUCACUGUGGAUGAGGUAUUGGCCGAAGGGGGAUUUGCCAUUGUCUUCCUGGUGAGGACAAGCAAUGGGAUGAAGUGUGCCCUCAAACGCAUGUUUGUCAACAAUGAACAUGACCUCCAAGUGUGCAAGAGAGAAAUCCAGAUCAUGAGGGACCUGUCGGGACACAAGAACAUUGUUGGCUACAUUGAUUCUAGUAUCAACAAUGUGAGUAGUGGCGACGUGUGGGAAGUUCUAAUUCUCAUGGAUUUUUGCCGAGGAGGUCAAGUGGUGAACUUGAUGAACCAGCGUUUACAGACGGGCUUCACGGAGAAUGAAGUGCUACAGAUAUUCUGUGACACCUGUGAGGCUGUUGCCCGCCUACAUCAGUGCAAAACACCCAUCAUCCACCGGGAUCUGAAGGUGGAAAACAUCCUGCUGCAUGACCGAGGUCAUUAUGUCCUGUGUGACUUUGGAAGUGCCACCAACAGAUUCCAGAACCCACAAGCUGAGGGAGUCAACGCGGUAGAGGAUGAGAUUAAGAAGUAUACGACGCUUUCCUACAGAGCUCCAGAAAUGGUCAACCUGUAUAGUGGCAAAAUUAUCACUACAAAGGCCGACAUUUGGGCCCUUGGUUGUUUGUUGUAUAAAUUAUGCUACUUCACAUUACCAUUUGGGGAGAGUCAGGUAGCCAUUUGCGACGGAAACUUCACGAUUCCUGAUAACUCACGGUAUUCCCAAGACAUGCAUUGCCUCAUACGGUAUAUGUUGGAGCCAGACCCUGACAAGAGGCCAGACAUUUAUCAGAUCUCGUACUUCUCAUUUAAGCUCGCCAAGAGAGAGUGCCCCAUUCAGAACGUUCAGAACUCUCCCAUCCCUACUAAGCUUCCAGAACCAGUGAAAGCCAGUGAGGCAGCUGCUAAAAAAACCCAGCCAAAGGCCAGGCUGACGGACCCUAUUCCCACAACAGAGACGUCAAUUGCACCUCGCCAAAGGCCGAAGGCUGGACAGACCCAACCAAACCCAGGAAUUCUCCCUAUCCAGCCAGCCUUGACACCUCGAAAGAGGCCCACUGUCCAACCCCCAGCUCAACCUACAGUUUCAGGACCAAGUGUUCCAGCUGGCCUCCCCACCAAUGUCCCUCAACCAAAAACCCAGCCUCCCCCGAGUCAGCCACUCCCGCAGGCUCCAGCCAAGCAGCCACAGGCUCCACCCACUCCACAGCAGACACCUUCCACUCAGGCCCAGGUUCUGCCUGCUCAAGCCCAGGCCACACCCCAGCACCAGCAGCAUCUAUUCCUCAAGCAGCAGCAGCAGCAACAGCAACAGCAACAGGCCACGUUUUACCAGCAGCAGCAGCCGCAGCAGCAGCAGCAGCUGGCACCAGCCCAACAGUUCCAGGUGAUGCACCAGGGAGCCCAACAACCAGCAAUUGCUCAGUUGCCUGGGCCGCCCCAAGGAGCCCCUCAGCAGCAGCUGAUGCAGAACUUCUACCAACAACAGCAGCAGCAGCAGCAGCAGCAGCUGCUGAAGGCUCAGCAGGCUGUGCUGCAGCAGAAGACAGCCGUCGCAGCCGGACAGCCGAAGCAACAGGCUCCCUCCCAAGCCCAGGCACAGACGCAGCUGGCUGCAGCCCCACAGCCAGCCCCUUCCCAGGAGCCCGUGCAGAAGCAAGCACCCAUAAGACAACAAGCAAAGGCUCAGACCACCCCACCCGCUGCCAUCCAGGGUCAGAAGCUUGGCUCUCUCACCCCUCCAUCAUCCCCCAAAGCCCAGCGGGCCGGGCACCGGAGGAUCCUCAGUGAUGUAACCCACAGCGCCGUUUUUGGAGUUCCUGCCAGCCAGUCGACUCAGCUGCUCCAGGCAGCUGCAGCUGAAGCAAGCCUCAAUAAGUCCAAGUCUGCAUCUACCACUCCAUCGGGUUCUCCCCGGACCUCUCAGCAAAAUGUUUAUAAUCCUUCGGAAGGCUCCACUUGGAAUCCCUUUGAUGAUGACAAUUUCUCCAAACUCACAGCUGAGGAGCUACUGAACAAGGACUUUGCAAAACUUGGUGAUGGCAAACCUCCUGAAAAACUUGGUGGUUCAGCAGAGAGUUUGAUCCCAGGCUUUCAACCAGGGCCAGUCACUACUCAAGCAGAUGCUUUUGGCUCCUCCUCCUUUUCUACUGGAACUGAAAAGCUUAUCGAGGGGCUCAAAUCUCCCAGUACUUCACUUCUCCUUCCUGACCUCUUACCUCUGGCAGAUCCCUUUGGUAGCUCUUCAGAUGCUGUGAAUGGAAAAGUUGAUGUUGCUGUUGAAAGUCUCAUACCAGGACUGGAGCCCCCAAUGCCCCAGCGCCUCCCAUCUCAGACUGACUCUGUCACAUCCAACCGAACAGAUUCUCUCCCUGGGGAAGAUUCCCUUCUUGAUUCCUCUCUGCUUUCUAACCCAGCUGCUGACCUUCUAGAUGAGUUCACUCCCAUGGCAAUUUCUGCUCCAGCUCAUAAAGAAGAUAGUAAUCUCAUCUCAGGUUUUGAUGCUCCUGAGGGCCCCGAAAAGGUGGCAGAAGAUGAGUUUGACCCCAUUCCCGUGUUGAUAUCCAAAAACUCACAAGGUCUCCAGAGAGAGCCAAACUCGUGUCCUUCAAUAAGUGUUGAGCGCUUUGAAGAGCCUUCUCACCAAGGUCUUCCACUGGAACAAGACUCUAACAGAGGACCAGGGGCCAAAUCUCAGAAUAAUUUAGAAUCUGACUAUUUGGCAAGAGGUGGGCCUUCCAGCAACAGCUCCUUUCAUAGCAGUGAAGAAGAAGGGACCGAUCUCGAGGGAGACAUGCUGGAUUGCAGCGGCUCUAGGCCUCUCCUUAUGGACUCUGAAGACGAGGACGAAUCCUGUAAGGCUCCACAGGUGGGGUCAGUAGAAAAAGUUAAUAUCACUCAACCAGAAGUUUGCAAAGAAGAGACUAAGAUAGCCCUUGGUGGAAAAGAGAACCAGUUCCAAGCCUUUGCGCAACUAACUGCAGAGGUUUCUGGCGAGCCAGAUGUUUUUGCCACAGCCCCUUUCAGGAGCGCGAGGCCCCAAUAUGAUGGCAUGGAUAUUUUCACCAAAGCUCCAUUUAUCACCAAGGGUCACGUGGCUCCUCAGGUGCCUGAGGAUGCAGAUGUAUUUCUGAGAGCUCCUUUCACCAAGAAGAAGAGCAUGGAAGAGCUUGUGGUCACUCAGGGUACCACUAUGGAUUUACCCACACAGACUGCUCUCCACAGUCAGAUGGGGGAUGGCCCACCAGUUAUUAGCCCUCUGCUCUCAAACCUUGAUAGGGGGGUGCACCCUGCAGCACUCUCUCCCCUAGCUCAGUAUCCUAUGGUGGGAUUUCUCCACCAAUCUAAUCUCCCUCCCAAUUCUAUCCAGUCAGCAGAAAGCUUAGACAACAUCACUUCCAAGGGGAUCUCUCUGGAUACUGUAGGCCACCCUAAUGACAGAAACAAAAGUCACCCAUCCCAGAAGGAAGUUGCCUCUGGCUCUGUGGCCAGCAAAUCAUUCCGCCCCCAGUCGUUGUCCAAAUAUUCCCGUCACUAUAGCCCUGAGAAUGAGCCAAGCCUGGAAGCCCAGCCCAUUGCUGCCUAUAAGGUUGUUUCCCAAAGCAACAAGCAGUCGAUCUCUGGGUCCAUUCCCAUCACAUCCUUUUCCUCCCGGACUGCAGAACUGCCCAGUGUCGAUCCUUUUGCUUUGGCACCCUUUCCUUCCAAAUCAAGCAAACAGAAACCUUAAGAGCAUCUUCCAUUCCUGAAGCUCCUCACCCAAACAUACACGCUCCUCCAGCCAUCCCCUUUCACACUAUUCUCAGCUGCUCUUACUGACUUUCUGACCCUCUACUAUCACAGCAGUAUUUCUCUUCCAGUACCCAAACCCAACUGCAGGAGUGGGGUGGGAGGGGAGAGAACAGGGGUAUUGAGUUCAAAUAUUUUUAAGUUGUGCUCAAGUUUUCUUUUGUUUCUAUUGACUGCUGGGUUCUUUGGAGUGUUCACUUUUAUGGUGGCUUUCCACAUGGGCCCUACAUUAUUAUUAAGAAGCUUUUUACUUCACCCCUCUUCCCUCCAAUCUUGAAGAGGCCAGGUUAUGUAAGACCUAAUUUCUGUUCAUUGUCAGGUCAAGUGAGGAUUCCGGAAUAAGUCCCUCAGGACUGAUUUAAUGCUCUAGAAGGGUAUUUGUUUUUGUUUUUGUUUUUGUUUUUUUUAAGAGGUAGUUUCUGGGGAAAAGACAAUACCAGAUAGCUCUUUCCUCCCAAGAGGAAAUCUCAUCUUUCAGCUACUGAUUAUUCUCAUAAAACCAGCAAACUCCAGAUGGAACACUCAAUAAUGAGUUACUGUGUGCAUGCUGGGCUGCGUGCACACUGUAAUUGAGUGUAGAUGUGUGGAUGUGGGAUGUGCUUCCUAUCCAUCUAGAUACAGAAAUGCAUGCUUGUGUGAUGUCUCUAAGCACAUUUGUAGCAAUAUCAAUGAACUCUCCAUAUCAUGUUUUACAAACUGAUUUAAAUACUCAGAUCUGUAUUUUCUGAGGCAACACUGCAUUUGAAGCAUGUGGUCUUCUUGCAAUACAGGAAACAUUUUCCAUCGCGUAAUGCUCUCCUCACACUCCCCAGAUAGCCCUUCAUCAGCAUUUCCCUGCAGACCUAAUUCCAUUUUGAGAUCCAGCUCUCAUUUAACUCCCUUUUUUGAUGAUAGGAUUGAAGCCAGCAGAAGGGAGAGAUGGUAAAGCCUUGGUGGAAGGGAUAAAUUUCUUUCCAUAUUAUUAUUUUCCAUUGAUAAAAACCAUUCAUCUGGUCAUGUAAUAUUCCAUUUAUAUAUGCAUUUUCCACCAUGGCACUGUAGGAAAGGAUAUUUUAUUAGGGUCCUGGUCAGAGUAUGAAAUCUUAAAAGAAAAGUAAAAAGAUCAAAAGCAUUAGGCUUGAAUACAAUAUAGGAUCAAUAGGGCAACCGUAUUACUGAGCUGAGAAAGAGUUUAGCUUCAGGAUCCUGGCCAGCUUCUGUGCUGUCUGGUUAAAGGAAGGAUGCAUCAAAAGCACCAAAUACAUUUGUCAGGUCAAAGAAGGGACCCAGAAAUCUUCCAAUUCUUUUCUUUCUUUUUGUGAUGCAUUAGUUAGAGAAAGAAGCCUCCAGUAAAUGACUAAUGUCUUCUGAAUCCCUACUUUGUCUUGGAUUCUUCAUUAUUAGUGCCUUAAAAUAAUAACUAGGUCUCUGGAAAAAGAUCUCAGCUGAAAAGUUCAGCAACAUGUAAAAGCACACUUCAUGGACAGGCUUUAAUGUGAACCUUUUAUGUGAUACCUAGUGAGAUUUGGAAAAUUAUCCAUCAGAUAGAAAACUUACUAAGCCAGUUCCCUACUUUGAACAUUCUUGGAAAUUAACCCAAGGCUGGAGCUUAGGCUACUUCCUUCAGUGUAAAUGGUUAAGCAGGUAUAGUAUCACUGUUGUCAGUUUUAUGGUAACAAUACCUGUCUUUCAAAGCUGUUUCUAGUUGGGACUUUAACUGUAUCCUAUCUAGGUCAGUGGUAGACUGAAUCAUGUUCUGUACAUAAUUAGGGCUACUAGCAAGAGCUUUCAAAUUGAUGUAACAACUGUGCUAGGAAUGGGAGUAGAUAGAUAGAUAGAUAGAUAGAUAGAUAGAUAGAUAGAUAGAUAGAUAG